AUGGUUUGCCAGUCGUUUGAAGGCAAGGUCGCCUCCCAGGACGCGUUAUCUGGCUUCUGCAUAACCUCCCCCAACAUGUCUUACGUUCCGCGACUUCCGGUUGAACGCCAAGUCGUCGAAACUUUCUCUGACGGUCUCUGGGGGCUUCACGAGUACUCGCGGUGGCCUCAGAGGUUCAUCUCUUCGAUGCCGCACAUCUCCUGUAUCCCCAAUGCGCCAUGCCCUCCCGCCGAUCCGGAGAUCCUUUUCAUCACGCUCUCCCCUGCGAGGGACUGGAUAGCGGAUAGGUCCGCGGGAUUCCAGGGGAUGGGAUACCUCAAGGAUGCGGUCCUGAUUCCGCUCCGCGAAGCGGCAUCUCAGGCUGUCCGCGUGUUCAAUGGUGCCCAUCCAGCCGAUAAGGCUCUUUUGGAUCAUGGCCGGCUCCUAGUCAUGAUCCUCAGGCAGGCGGUGGAACGUAUGGAGAAGAUGCCCUCGACAUCAGGUAUAGCUGUGGCUGUAGGCGCGCAUGUUCAGAGAGUCUCGUUGGAGUUGGCCGGCCUUCGCAUUUACCAGCAGACAGUCUUCCACCGCAUGGAGUCAUUCAUGGACUACAGUUUCGACGUUCUUCCCGUACUCGGUGCUUUCACGGGCGAUCCCACCACGGCCCAAACUCUUACACGUGUUGGCAUCCCUACUUGGCUGAUCCAAGGCAUCACUCAUUCGUUGGCCGUCUGGGAGGUGGUGGAA